AAUUAUUUUAGUUUUUCUUGUUGCAAACGUUUGAAAUCAAAACCUUGAUUUUCUAGAAGAAGUAAUAGUGAUACUGUAUCCGAAAGAUCAAAUCUUUCCGAAAAUCCAAUCCAGUGAACGGAAAAAGUCGUUGUGCUUUUUGUUGGUCUAAUUGAGCAAGUCCAGGAAUUUGUGCUAUGGUUCUUGCUAUAGUAGCAGGUGCCUCCGUGGCAGCUGCUGCCUUGGGAAGCAGAUACUUGAUACGAAGCUGGCAGGCUUACAAAGCUCGGCCUGUUGUACCGCGGUUACGCCGGUUUUAUGAGGGUGGAUUUCAGCCCACCAUGACAAGACGGGAAGCAGCAUUAAUUCUGGGCAUCAGAGAGCGGGAUGCCGUGGAGAAGAUAAGGGAAGCUCACAGGAGAGUGAUGGUGGCCAACCACCCUGAUCAUGGUGGUAGCGCAUAUCUUGCUACGAAGAUUAAUGAGGCCAAGGACAUGUUGUCUGGAAAAUCACAGAAUCAGGGGUCUGCAUUUUAAGUUGCAAUUAGAGAUGCUAAUUUGUUCUAAUUAUACCCUGUCCAGAAUUUUUUUUAUAAAUAAAUCAAUCUAUUUAUUGGUGAGUAACCCAUUGAGUGCAUUAAAUCUUUUUGCUCUCGACUUCAUCCUGAAAAAACAUACUAGUGAGGCAACUGACAUAGUAUUCCUGUGUCUUACCUUAUUGCUUUUAUUGGUUAAUUUCUUCCAUGAGAAACACAAUAUGUAUUUACUUUUAUUUAUUUAUUUAUUGAAUUUUAGAAAGUUUUAUUCAAGAAGAUUGCAGAGGUAGCAAUCUAUGGGGAUAAGCAAGAACAGAAACAUGAAAAUCAUACAUCGUGAAGUUAGAUUUUCAUAACAAAUUGAAAAUCAAUA